AUGCUCUGCCCUUGGAGAACUUCUGACCUAGGGUUACAACUGAUUUUGACCAUCUUCUUAGAGGCUGCUUCAAGUAAUUCCUGUAUGGAUGGAAAGCAGACGACACAGAACAUUUCAACAAUUCUCACAGAAGUUCACACUUUACUGUCUCGCCCAAUGGAUACAAAGGCUGUGCUCUGUUGCCCUCUUAUCCCAUUGACAAAUAUGACACUAGUAACAUGGGAAAUAAUCCUCGAAGACAAGCCUGCCUGCAAACUCUCCUAUAGGGGAGACACAAAUGAGACCAGGGAAACCAAUUGUACUGACAAGAGAAUAACUUGGGCCUUCAGACCUGAUCAGAAUCCCGACCUUCAAAUUGAUCCAGUGGCCAUCACCCAUGAAGGGAAUUACGAGUGUAUAAUGGCAGCAUCUGAUGGGAAUUUCCAUCGUAGGUAUCACCUCCAAGUGUUAGUGCCUCCUGAAAUGACCCUGUUUCUACACAAGAAUAGAACUGCGGUGUGCAAGGCAGUUGCAGGCAGGCCAGCUGCACGGAUCUCCUGGAGCCCAGAAGGGGAUUGUGUCACUGAGCAAGAAUAUUGGGGCAACGGCACAGUGACUGUCUGGAGUUCAUGCCGCUGGUCAGACAGCAAUGUGUCUGCUGUGACCUGCUCUGUCCUUCAUUUGACUGGCAACAAGAGUCUGUUCAUAGAGUUGCUUCCUGGUACCAAAACAUCAGUAAAAUUAUAUAUUCUAUAUCUCAUCCUCCCCAUUAUUUUGAUCAUCGUGGGAUCCAUUUGGUUUUUGAAAAUCCGUGGCUACAGGAAAUGUGAAUUGAAAAAAACAGAAGUUCCUCCAGUUGUUGAGGAGGAUGAAAUGCAGCCCUACGCCAGCUACACAGAGAAGAGCAAUCCACUCUAUGAUACAACAAACCGGGUGAAGGUGUCUCAGGUCUUACAAAGUGAGGCUGAUGGCCUGGGCCUCCCUACUGUAUAA